AAAGGACGGCUCCAGUCGCGAUUCGAAUGCGCCAGCUCGCGAGUGUCCACCGACGGAAUUUGAUUUUUUUCGCUGAAAAACGCGGACAGGCCGUGACAGCCUGACGAAUGAACGAUUUUCCGUAUUUUCCGCGGUGAAAGUCACCGGAAAAACAAGUGCCAUAUAAUCCGUGUCCAUUGGAAAUCAUGUCAACUCUGGAAUUAUACACCAAGGGCGCCCGAGUAUGGAUUCCCCAUCCGGAAAACGUGUGGGAAACGGCCGAACUGAAGGAAAACUACUCAUCGACCAAGAAGACCCUAGACGUAAUCACAUUGAACAACGAGACCAAGACGUUGAACGUAAAAGAUGAAGAGGCACUACCGCACCUCCGCAACCCAGCUCUCUUGAUAGGCGGAAACGAUCUCACAUCUCUGUCCUAUCUGCACGAACCGGCGGUCCUCUACAAUUUGCAAGUGAGAUUCUGCGAGCAGAGAAACAUCUACACGUACUGCGGCAUCAUUUUAGUGGCUAUAAAUCCCUACGAUGAUCUUCCCAUUUACGAUAUCGAUACAGUUCAGGCCUACAGGGGUCACGCCAUGGGCGACCUGGACCCACACAUAUUCGCCGUGGCCGAAGAGGCUUACACAAAGCUGGAACGAGAACAGAGAGACCAAAGCAUCAUCGUGUCCGGAGAGAGCGGUGCUGGAAAAACAGUAUCAGCGAAAUACAUCAUGAGGUAUUUCGCCACAGUUGGAGGUAAUGCGAUAGAGACCCAGGUGGAAAAGAAGGUUUUGGCCAGCAGUCCCAUCAUGGAAGCAAUGGGAAACGCAAAAACGACGAGGAAUGACAACAGCUCCAGAUUCGGCAAAUUUAUCGAGCUGCAAUUCAACAAUCAGCUGCUGAUUUGCGGGGCUUCUAUGAGGACGUAUUUGCUGGAAAAAUCCCGGGUAGUUUUCCAGUCCAGGGGUGAACGAAACUACCACAUCUUCUACCAACUAUGCGCUGCAAGAAAUGAGUUACCAGAUCUACGUUUAGAUCAUCAAGACAAAUUCAACUACCUGAAUCAGGGAGAUAGUUCAAUCAUCGAGGGCGUAGAUGAUUACGAAACAUUCCAGGAGAUGGUUGGAGCUCUCAAAAUUCUGGGAUUUUCUGAGGAAGAAAAAAUCGGGAUGUUCAAGAUCUUAGCAGCUUUAUUACAUCUGGGAAAUCUCAAGUUCGAAGAGGCCAUCGUAAAGAUGGGGGACGAAGAUGAUAUGGAGGGUUGUGCUAUAGCGGAAGACCACCAUUUCAAGGCAUUAGCCGAUCUUCUGGAGAUCGACGCCGAGGAACUGAGGCAGUGGCUGUGCAUCAGAAAGAUAGUUUCGGUCCGCGAAGUCUUCCUCAAGCCAAUGUCCGUCGAGAGCGCCAAGGCAGCCAGGGACGCCCUGGCCAAACACAUCUACGCCGAACUCUUCAACUGGAUCGUGCUGAUCCUGAAUUGCGGCCUGGAAUCGAACAUGCCAAGGCACAAGUUCAUAGGCGUGCUAGACAUCUACGGCUUCGAGACGUUCGAGCUGAAUUCCUUCGAACAGUUCUGCAUCAACUACGCGAACGAGAAGCUGCAGCAGCAGUUCAACCUGCACGUGUUCAAGUUGGAACAGGAAGAAUACGUCAAGGAGGGGAUCGAAUGGAAGAUGAUCGACUUUUACGACAACCAGCCGUGUAUUGACUUGAUCGAAGUCAAGUUGGGGAUCUUGGAUUUACUCGACGAGGAAUGUAGGAUGCCCAGAGGGACAGAUAGUUCAUGGACGGAAAAAUUGUACACGAAAUGUGCAAAGUAUUCUCACUUCGGAAAAGGAAAAUUCGGUAGAUCGGCCUUCACCAUCAGUCAUUUCGCCGGCAAGGUAGAAUACGAAAGCAAUGGAUUCCUCGAAAAGAACAGAGACACAGUGAUCGAGGAGCAAAUCAACGUCAUCAAGCAAAGCAAGAGUAAACUAGUCAGCAGGCUCUUCUGUUCAGACGCCCAAAAACAAGCCAAUCCAGGCACUAAAGUCAAAAUAAUACCAUCCAAGCCGAAACCCGGCGCGCAAAAGUCCCACAAGAAAUCCGUCGGCUGCCAAUUCAAAGAUUCGUUGAGCAGACUCAUGGAUACUCUCAACUCCACGACACCUUACUACAUAAGGUGCAUCAAGCCCAAUGACAACAAACAUUCGUUCGAAUUCAAUCCGAAAAGAGCAGCGCAACAGCUGAGGGCCUGCGGAGUCUUGGAAACCAUCAGACUGUCAGCGGCAGGGUUCCCAAGUAGAUGGACCUACAACGAAUUCUUCUGUCGCUACAGGGUACUGUGCAAAUUUAAGGACGUCGAUAAGAACAACAUGGAAAAAACCUGCGAGAACAUCAUCCGACAGUACAUCAAGAAAUCCGACAUGUAUCAGUUCGGUAAAACCAAAAUUUUCUUCAGAGCUUCACAAGUGGCUUACCUCGAAACUCUCAGAAGCGAAAAACUGAAGAGAUGCUGUAUUAUUAUGCAGAAAACGGUGAGAGCAUUCAUCGCUAAGAAGAAAUACCUGAGGAUCAAGCGAUCCGUAAUGUUAUUGCAACGUUACGGAAGAGGAUACCUUGCAAGAAGGUUAGCGACAAGAAUCCGAAGAGAACGAGCUGCAAUUAUGAUACAAAAACACGUCAGAGGCUGGAUACGAAGAAUCCAGUAUCAAAGGCUCAGAAAAUCAGCUAUUGGAAUUCAAACAUACUGUAGAGGUUACUUGGCAAGACUCAAAUACUUGAAGCUCAAAUAUAACGCAAAGGCCACCAUAAUUCAGAAACACUGGAGGGGUUGGUUGGGAAGAAAGAGAGCAGAUAGGAUUAGGAAUCAUAUCGUCAUUUGCCAGGCCGCCAUUAGAAGGUACUUGGCCAAGAAACAAUACAAGAAACUCAAGAUAGAAGCUAGGUCAAUAGAACACGUCAAGGCUCUCAACAAAGGCUUGGAGAAUAAGAUCAUAAGCCUACAGCAGAAGAUUGACGAAUUACAUAAGCAGAAUAACGCUUUAGAAAAGAAUAACAACAACUUCACCAAAGAAAUAAAAGAUCUCAAGAACAAAAUGACAAGCUUCAAAGCCCUGGAGAUAGAAGUUAAGAACCUAAACAACUUGGUCAUAGAUAAAAAUAAAAUUAUAGAUGAGCUGAAAAACAAGAUAACGACGGAAACAGAUGAAAAGAUGGAUCUUGUACUAGAACGUGAAAAAUUGAUAGAAGAAAAGAAACAGGAAGCCGAAGAAAGACUUAAACUUGUCAAAGAAAUAGAAAGCUUGAAAGAACUAGCGAAAACCACCGAAAAGAAUAGUGAAUUACAGCUGGAGAAUCGUUUGGAGGAAGAGAAAAAUCUCAUGAUGGACGAAAGGGACAGCGACCGACAGGCUUACCAGAGGUUGCUACAGGAUUAUCAUGAGCUUGAACAGCGUUAUGAGGAGUUGGAGAGACAGCAGGAGAACAGGACAGUUUCGCACCAAAGGAAUAUAAGCGACGUCAGCAGCAUCACUACUCUAGAUAUCCCUGAAGACCACGGUUAUGGUUCAGUUAGAUCGGCCAGUUCAGCGUCUACGAAUAGGGAAAGGGUAGACAAUAUCGAUUGGAAAAUUGAAGCAUCGUCAGAGAGUAGAACUCCCAGCUCAAAUGAGGAGACAAGGAUCGACGUAGAGCAGAAACUCGACCUUGGCCUCGUGCUCAGACUCCAGCGUAAACUGGCUGAGGUAGAACGGGACAAGCUGAGAAUGGAACAGCGUCUGGAAGAGCUCGAUAAUUCGCCCAAAGUAGCUGAUGCUAUGAACGCAGCCAGGGAUUCUUUAAGGAUAUCGGAGCUGGAGAUGCAAAACUCAACGCUCAAAACGCAGUUGCUCGAACUGCAAAACAGCAUCAACGAAGGCACCGCCAAGGCUCAGCUUUUGGAGCAGCUGAAGCUGGCACAAAAUGAGCUGGAAAGGAAGGCCGAGGAGAUUAUCCAGCUGAAAUGUGUUCUUGCUAGUCAAACGAAUAACAUGAAGAGUAUUGUCAAUUCCAAAUCUAGAAUAGACACAGGUUUAAUACAUGACGAAGAGGGUGAAUAUAUUAAUGAAGAUGGUGAACUGGCUCUAGCCUAUGAAACUCAAAAGACGAUAAACAAACAACUAGAGUUAGAACUACAAGAUGAAAAGGCCAAAUACAAGGCUUACGAGAAAGAGUACAAAUUAGAGAUAGCUAGACUUCGGGAGGAAAACGAAGAACAACAAAAAAUUCUGUCCGCAAACCUCGUCAAUAAUCAGCAAACCCAAAAUGAGAUAUAUUUGCAACAUGAAAUAACUAGGUUAACGAAGGAGAAUUUGGACCUGCUCAACCAAAAAGAUGCAAUAAGCGAAAGCAACAAGAAGAUGAAGAGACAACACAAGUACUUAACGAAGCGUUUCAAAGAUGCUGGUAUAGAGAUAAACGAUACACAGAUAGAUAUCGAAUCCACCGAAAAGAAAGAUGCCGUUGUUAGUAAACCAAUACGGAAGGUGUAUGCCUUCAAAAGACAAGAGAGGGAAUAUCUUGGCAUGUUUUCUUAUCCAGCAGGCGAAGAGGCUAACAUAAUGAAAAAUCUUGUCAUACAGCUCAAACCAAGGACAGCUAUCACGCUGCUGCCGUGCCUACCUGCUUAUAUAGUUUUCAUGUGCAUUCGCCAUACAGAUUUCAUAAACGACGAAGAAAAAGUUAAGAGUUUCCUUUCGUGCUUUACCAACGCUGUCAAGAAGGUAGUGAAGAAAAGAUACGAGGAUUUCGAAACUACAGUGCUUUGGUUAGCGAACACCUUGAGAUUGUUGCACAACAUGAAGCAGUACAGCGGCGAAAAGGCGUUCCAGCAUAAAAAUACGCCGAAACAGAACGAAAAGUGCCUGAGGAACUUCGAUCUUUCCGAAUAUAGACAGCUACUUUCGGAUAUUGCAGUUUGGAUAUGUCAAGGUUCGAUAAAGAGUCUCAAGAAAACGGUGAAGGGCCUGAUUGUGGGAGCCGUCCUUGAACACGAGGAAAUACAAGGUAUAAGUGGCAACAUUCCGGGAGCGAUGAGGGGCAGGAUAGGAAGUGUCACAACUCCAGGAUCUCCGACGCAAAAACCUAUAACGCAACUGUUACAGGAACUAACAAACCAUCAUAAGAUUCUAACCUUUUAUGGAGUAGACACCGAAGUCAUCUCGCAGAUCUUCAGACAGAUAUUCUAUUUCUUGUGCGCCACCAGUCUGAACAACCUGCUUUUAAGGAAAGACUUGUGCCAUUGGUCCAAAGGAAUACAAAUAAGACACAAUCUGUCCCACUUCGAAAUGUGGAUCAGAGAUAAGAACUUGGACGAGACAUGUGUGCAUGCCCUCAAACCGAUCAUACAGGCUGCUCAACUUCUCCAGGCCAGGAAAGAGGAGGAGAAAGACGUACUCAGCAUCUGCGACAUGUGCAGCGACUUGACCGGUCACAUGAUAUGUAAAAUACUCAAUCUCUACACGCCGGUCGACGAAUACGAAAAGAGGAUCUCCAAGAACUUCAUUCAGAACGUCCAAGCGGAAUUGAAGCGUAGGCACAAGCCGGAAGAGCCACGUCUGAUGGAAGUCAAUUUCCUCUAUCCGCUGAAAUUUCCGUUCAACCCAUCCGACAUUUGCUUCGAACGCAUCGAAGUACCAGAAGUUCUGGAUCUAGGUAUUUUGGAGAAGGUUUAAAUUCUUCCUCCAGCUGCGUAUUAACCUAUUAUGCCAUUUUUGCCUUUCGUUUCCGUUAAGAUUGUUCGUUUUAUCCGCGUAUGGUUUUUAUUAUAGUUGUGAAUGUAUAUUUUUAAUAUAAAAAUCUGAAUUUUCGAAA